AUGGUACUGUCUGCUGCACGAUUGAAAUACAACAUGCACACAUUUUCCACAUUACCUGUCGAACUAGUUUAUCGAAUUAUGGAUCAUCAAAAUGACCGGACGCUAUUUUGUUCAAUGCAAAAUAUUUCUCGACGGCUCAAUCAGAUCCUGAGUACUUACCAGCGAUAUCAAACACUCACCACACUUGACCUCCGUUGGAACCAAAUCGGUGCUGAAGGAGCACAACACAUUGCGGAUGCGUUGCGAACAAAUACGACACUCACCACACUUAACGUCGGUGGGAACCAAAUCGGUGCUGAAGGAGCACAACACAUUGCGGAUGAGUUGCGAACGAAUACGACACUCACCACGCUUAACCUCCGUUGGAACCAAAUCGGUGCUGAAGGAGCACAACAUAUUGCGAAUGCGUUGCGAACAAAUACGACACUCACCACACUUAACGUCGAUGGGAACCAAAUCGGUGCUGAAGGAGCACAACACAUUGCUAAUGCGCUGCGAACGAAUUCGACACUCACCACACUUGACCUCAGUUGGAACGAAAUCGGUGCUGAAGGAGCACAACACAUUGCGAAUGCGUUGCGAACGAACACGACACUCACCACACUUCACCUCAGUGGGAACCGAAUCGGUGCUGAAGGAGAACAACACAUUACUAAUGCGCUGCGAACGAAUACGACACUCACCACACUUCACCUCGAUGAGAACGAAAUCAGUGCUGAAGGAGCACAACACAUUGCUAAUGCGCUGCGAGCGAAUACGACACUCACCACACUUCACCUCAGUGGGAACCGAAUCGGUGCUGAAGGAGCACAACACAUUACUAAUGCGCUGCGAACGAAUACGACACUCACCACGCUUAACCUCUGUUGGAACAAAAUCGGUGCUGAAGAAGCACAACACAUUGCUAAUGCGCUGCGAACGAAUACGACACUCACCACACUUCACCUCUGGUACAACGAAAUCGGUGCUGAAGGAGCACAACACAUUGCGGAUGCGUUGCGAACAAAUACGACACUCACCACGCUUAACCUCCGUUGGAACCAAAUCGGUGCUGAAGGAGCACAACAUAUUGCGGAUGCGCUGCGAACGAAUACGACACUCACCACAGUCAACCUCGAUGGGAACCGAAUCGGUGCGGAAGGAGCACAACAUAUUGCUAAUGCGCUGCGAACGAAUACGACACUGACCACACUUGACCUCGGUUGGACCGUAAUCGAUGCUGAAGGAGCACAACACAUUGCGGAUGCGUUGCGAACGAAUUCGACACUCACAACACUUCCCCUCUACCACAACGAAGUCGGUGAUGAAAUAGCUCAACAUAUUGCAGAUGCAUUGGGACGGAAUAUAAGCGCCAAGAUGGGAUAG